AGAGAGAGAGAGAGAGAGACGGGGAAGAGACCGUCAGUGCUGCGUAAAGACGUUACAUUUCGACGUCUCUGUUGGGGAAGGGGCUAAAGAAGAGAAAGAAAAUUAAGAGGGAACAGGGAAUUCCGUAAGACUGACUAGUUUAUGAAAAGACGCACAGCAGACACAGACUGGACACGAGAAACAGUGACAGCGCCAGGUUUCCCAUUAAUUCAUCUUCUGCUUUACUUUUAAACGGCUUGUCUGUAACAUUGGAUUUUAUUCAUGAUGAAUCAGGACCAUUUAUUUAACAGUUUUAUCAAACCCAGUAUGGAUUUAUCAUAGAAGAAUCUAUCCCUUUUCUGGAAUAUCCACUUUUGGAGAGCUUUUACGCACCGCUUUCUUGUGUUUGGAUGGCACUUCAGAAUGUUCCUGCAAGCAUUCUGAAGAGUUAAAAACGUUUUUUGUGCGCUAUUAUAUAUUUCAAAUUGCACACUAGUCCUGCUCGCCUGAUUUCUCAAGUGAACAUCAGUAUCACAUCUCGCCUCUGCCUGUACCAGUAAUAGCAACACAGAUCGCUUAACAGCUUUACACAGACUGACACCGGUGCCUCCUAAACGGCUGUUGGUUCUGUGUAUGUUCUUUAUUCCUUCUGUUUGGAGGAGUUUCUCAACUCUGGACGACAAUAUUAUCGAGAAAUGCUUCCUCUGUCCCCUCUGCUCCUCCUUUUCCCCGCUGCGCUUUUCGUGGCCGCGCAAAGUGCCGGAGACCUCCAAGGCUUCACCUUCCCCGGUGGGAGCGCCGGUUUCGACCCGACAGACCCCUGCGUGGUGGUGUCUCCACCAUGUAUGAGCGAGGCUGAUCGCUAUAGCCUGGACGCCCUGCGGAGCAUCCAUCAGAUGAUGGACGAUGACCAAGACGGUGGGAUUGAGGUGGAAGAGAGCGUGGAGUUCAUUAUUGAGGACAUGAAGCAGCAGCAAACAAACAAACACAACAACCUGCACAGAGAAGACCAGCACAUCACAGUGGAGGAGCUCUGGAGGGGAUGGAAGUCAUCUGAAGUACAUAAUUGGACUCAAGAGGAGGUGGUCCGCUGGCUGAAAGACUUUGUUGAGCUGCCACAGUAUGAGAGGAACUUUAAAGACUUUAAGGUCAAUGGAAACACACUCCCUAGGAUUGCAGCUAAUGAACCUUCAUUUCUGAGUAUCCAGCUGAGAGUUCAGGACCAGAGAGAUAAACAGAAGCUCAACAUUAAAGCUCUGGAUGUGGUUCUGUUUGGACCACCUACACGCCCCCCUCAUAACUACAUGAAGGACCUGCUGCUCAUUGUGUCAGUGGUGAUGGGAGUCGGAGGCUGUUGGUUUGCUCAGGCCCAGAACAAAGCCAGCAAAAUCCACAUUGCCAAGAUGAUGAAGGAUUUAGAAAGUCUGCAGAGGGCUGAACAGAGCCUCAUAGACCUACAGGAACAACUGGAGCAAGCCCAGGAAGAAAAGCGGAAUGUGGCGGAAGAGAAGCAGAACCUGGAGGAGAAGAUGAGAGAUGAGAUCAUGGGUGCACAGGAAGAAGCUUACCGUCUGCACGAGCUGAGGCAGGGAGCCGUCAGUGAGCUCAGUCGCCUGCGAUAUGCAGAAGAGGAGCUAGAACAGGUCCUUGGAGCACUGAAGCAGGCUGAGAAGGAUAUGCAGGCUAGCUGGACUGCCUCAGAGGCUCUUCAGCAGUGGCUGCAGCUGACACAUGAGGUAGAAGUUCAGUACUACAAUGUCAAAAAACAAAGUGCUGAACUUCAGCUCGCUACUGCCAAGGAAGAGGCAGAGAGGAUUAAGAAGAAGAGGAGUUCUGUGUUGGGGACCCUCCAUGUCGCCCACAGCUCCUCUUUGGACCAGGUUGACCACAAAAUCCUGGAGGCAAAGAAUGCCUUGUCUGAAGUAACAGCCUGCCUGCGGGAGCGCCUCCAUCGCUGGCAGCAGAUUGAGCUCCUCUGUGGCUUCCCCAUCAUCAGGAAUCCAGGCCUUGCAAACCUUACUGCUCAGCUCUACUCAGACUCACUUGCCCUGGGGUUGCCUCGAGUGCCACAGUCAUCUUGUUCGUGUCACAGCUCCAUGCAUGGAUCUAUAGAGGAUCUCUUAGAGGAGUCUCCAAUCCUACCACAGAUGCCAGUUCCAGUUCCAGUUAAGCGCUCUCCUCGAACACAGGGAUCCACCAUAUGUCGAUCACGUCGUCCCGGUGUCAUCACUCAGCCACCAGCUGCCGUGAUCUCAUCAGACCCCGACCUUCUCAUCCCCAUCCGAGCCCCUUACUCUUGCCAUGAUGAUGAAGAGGGGCUCUUCCGGAAACCUGUGAAAAAACAAGACUCCCAAGAGAGGUUCUCAGACUCAGACUAUAUGCCCUCAGGUCCUCUCAGCAAAAUGUUCCCUAGUUCCACUGUUGACGCUUCCUCUCGAAAGCCCUAUCAUGAUGAAACUGAGCUGUUUGCAGACAGCUCAAGUACAAAGCCACUGAAUAAAGAAGUAGAAGUUGUUGUUGAAUCUCCAGUUCGCAAAGUUUCUGUGGAAGAGCUUGAAGCUUCUGUAGAUGUUACCUACCGGACGAUGGCAAAAGACAAACCCUUGGAUACUUCUUUGGAAACCUCUUCUUUGAUGAUGUCUGCAGAAGAGUCUCUCCUAGAUGCUACAUCAAGGAAGAUACUGCGAGACAGGAGUGAAGUUCCCAUAGAUGUUGCACUAAGAAAAGGGAUUUCAAAUGAGUUAGAUACAGAGUUUUCACACAGGAAAUUAGACAAAGAUACAAUAGGGGAUUUGAUGGAAAUUCCUUCAAGGAAUACAUAUAGAGAAAGAAACAAUUCACCACUGGAUGUGAGAAAGAUUUUUUGGAAUGAAUAUGAAGCUUCAAUAGAUGCGACACCAAGGAAGAUAUCAAGAGAUAUGAUGGGAGUUUCAAUGGACAGCGCCUCAAGAAAGGUGGCAAGAGAUGAUGCUGAACGCCUGUUUGACUCCAGAAGGAUUACAAGAGAUACGGUGGGAAUGUCUCAAGACACAGGUUCUCGGAAGCUUCCUUGGAAUAAAGGAGAAUGCCAGCCUGAUUCCUCUGUUAGGGCAUUAGCAAAGGACAUGAUUCCUGAGAUUUCUAGAACACCACCAAGAAAGAUAUCUCGAGAUGAACUGGAGUACUGUGCAGAUACUGCUUCCUUAAAGCUACUACCCAGAGAGAAACUAGAAGCACUUUUGGAUCCCUCAUCCUGUUCAGACAAGCAAGAGUUUGGUUUGGAUCCCUCAACAAGUAGAAGGAUACUGAGAAAUGAAUUUGAGAUGUCUGCUGGGUCUCUCAGAAGGAGAAUACCAAGAAUGGUAAGAGAGGACAUUGACAGUUCCAUAGACACUCCCACGGGCAAAAUCUCUUGGGACAGAGUUGAUGUUCCAUUUGAAAUGCCCAAACAAGUAAUACUACGGGAAGAGUUGGGAGCAUUUGGACAGCCAGAUAUAAUGGUAACUUCCCAGGUUCCAUGGAAGUCCUCAUCGGACCUUUACACAGUUGGCCCGCUGAGCCAGCUUGUGUAUGAUGGAAUCCUUGAAAAGUCAUGCAGCUCCACUGCUUCACCCUCAACCAGUCUCUCUGCCUCGACGCCUAACCUGCCUCAGAGCAGACUGCUGGCAGAGGUGGAGCCACCACUGCAACCAGUAAGGGCUUCUGUCCCAACUCCAGCAUCGUCCUCCUUGACUGGACAGGAGAAGAACAAGGAAAAAGAGAAGAGCAAGAAAUCCUUAAAGCUCAAAAAUCUUUUUAAAAAGAAAAAUGAGUCACCUCCAGAGAAGCUUCAGAGUGGUCUUCAGAAACUCUGACAAUCAGCAGCAAAUGUUUAGUUUUUCUUUUUGACUUUUUAAAAAACAAGAAAUCAGAAAGUGGAGCUUUAGAACUCUUUUAACGACAUCUGAUGGUGAAAAGACAGAGUUUUAGAAAGCACAACCUUACCUACAACUGGACAUGUUCGGAGACAAAAUGAAAUUAAAUCAGAGAAACAGAAUCAUGAUACAUUUAUGUCUGACAUUACCUCUAAGAAAAUGCAAUCCAGUUGAACACAUAAAUUUAUUACAUUAUUUAUUUUACAUUUGAAGCUGAUUUUACUGUCUGUUCUUAAGUCUUAUAGACACGUGGUUGAUACCGUAUUUUAUUUUAGAAGCAGCUUUUUAUGCGUUUUGUGAUGUUUGAAAGAUUAAAUGAUGUAUUAAGUGACACUGCUCCUCUGUUUAACAGAGGCAAUGCUUGAAUUCAAUUUAAACCUCAAAUGAAGACGUUUACUGCAGUAGACCAUUAAUGCAUUCUGAGAGAAAUAUAGGUAAAAUCCCAUUUCCCAUUUCCCAAUCACAUUUCCAUCCCAAUCCUGAUCUCAGUUCUGUUAAGAAUGAAACCUUUCUGACAUUUUGGUAGUUUUUUGUUUUAUUUUAUUUAUGUAUUUUAAUGCACCAAUGAGGAUUUAGAAUCAGAAUCUGAUUAAAGUUGUGGGCCUGUUUGAUGAUCAAAUUAUUACACCACAAUCAUAUAGUCCCAAUGAAGUAGACAAGAGUAUUUUUCUAGGUUUAGAUCUUUCGACUUGUUUUUUUCUUUUGCUUUUAUUUUGCAAUUGCUUCACAAUGUCUGAGUUUAGGCUUGAAAAUUUAUUGUUACUCAGGAUUUAUGUAGGAUUUGAAAUCAAAUUUUUAAGGUCCUUAAAUAUGUUUCACUGCUGAACAGGUCUGCGCUACGAAAGCAUGUCCUGCAGCAAAGUAUAUAAUAUUUUAUAAAAAAGAAAAGUUUUUUAAGGUUUCAUGCUAUUUUUUUGUAUCGCUUAUCCAAUAAUAUUUUGUAUAUUUGUGGGAAGUGUUUGCAGUAGGAACCUUUGAAUGGGGCUUAGACAGCCUCAUUUUAUCUCUGGAGUGAUUAAAAGCCAUUUACAGUAAACAUUAACACUUUUAAGGUGGGGUUCACCUGCAAAAUGUUGCUGAAAUAUAAAAGAAAUAGACAAAAACAUUCAGAAUUACAUCGCUCAGUGGUGCACAUACUGUCAUAAUUGAAACUGCUGAUGUUCGCUUGCACACAUUUGUUGUUCUUGGGCAUUUUUGACUUCUUGUGUACCAGGAAGAAACAAGCAACCUAAAAGCUUUAAAGUAGACUUAUCCUGGUGAAUAUUAACCUAUUUAACAAAAGGAGUGAUCCUGUUUGGUUCAGGACAACCUACAUUUUAUUAAAAAAUGUUCUGCUUUGAUUUGUCAAAUGCUCAUGAUUGUUUGCUUGCUAAAAUGGCAAAUUUGAACAUGGUUUAGCUAUAUUUGUUUUAAAAAAAUGUGUUUGCCCAUUUGAAUACACACUUUGAAUGCCUGAAUGACUUAAAUGAUUGGAGGAUUUAUGUUUAUUUUAUCGUUUACAGGCAUUACGUCAGUGUCUUAGUUUUCUGAAUUUCAAUAAUUUGGAAAAUAAGUUUUUAAUUGAAUUAGAAUGUUUUUCAUUUAUUUAUUGAUUUUUCAUUUGCUAUUAGGUUCUUUGUUUUAUUUUCAAAUGAUAUUAAAGUGUAAAUGAAAUGUUAUCCUUUGUCUUAGAAAAGAACAACUGCUGAAUUUUAGUAUGAAAGUAAGACUCAAUAGGCUGAUAUUUGUUGACUUAUUAGCAACGGAUGAUAAUGGAGGAAAUAGAGAUGAUUUUAAAAAAAGAAAAGGUUGUGCAUUGUUCUGCAAUAAAUGCUUUCUCAAAACCA